AUGAAAGAGUGUAAUCGUUGUUAUACUAAUAAACCAAAUGAAGCUUUCAAAUCUAUAAAAAAUAAUAAAACAAAAGAACUAAAAACCUGUAUUGAGUAUCCGUUAUUGAAUAUUAUUGAUACAAGUUCAGAAGAACAGGAAAAUAAAGAGAUCGCUCAAUAUUUAAUUAACAAAAUUUCCAAGGCAGAUCACUUUACUUGGAUAUAUCAUAAGCAUGAAGUAACAAAAAGUUCAAUUAAAGAAGAAAAUGCCUUCUCUGAUUUACCAAAAAAUAUGUAUAUCGCAAUUGAAAAUCUAAACUCUACAACUUGUGAAUUGAUUAUUUAUAACAGACAAAUUAAUUGCCAAGAAUCUUCAAUAACACAUAUUCAAGAGCAAGAAAUUGGCCAUAUAAUUGAAGAAAAUACAGUUGAAAUAGAUAGUGGUGAUCAAGAUCUAAUCUUCAAGAAACAAACCUUCGCUAGAAAGAUAUCAAAUUUAAAAGGAUCGUCACAUGUUUACGUAGUACAGUCAAUCAAAAAAUGUGCAAAAAAUAAACCCGAUACUUCUCCAGCCGAAAUUGAACAUGCGGCUUGUCUAGAGAUGCUGAAAAUCACUAGGGCCGGUGAACUAAAUCUCUGGUCCAUACCGGUAUAA